AUGCUGCCGCUGGGGAGGCGUCUGCUGGCGGUGCUCGUCUCCGCGCUGCUGCUGUGCCCGGGGCUGGCGUGCGGACCCGGCAGGGGAUUUGGGAAGAGGCGGCACCCCAAAAAGCUGACCCCUUUAGCCUACAAGCAGUUUAUCCCCAACGUGGCUGAGAAGACCCUAGGGGCCAGUGGAAGAUACGAAGGGAAGAUCUCCAGAAACUCGGAGCGAUUUAAGGAACUCACCCCCAAUUACAACCCCGACAUCAUAUUUAAGGAUGAAGAAAACACAGGAGCGGACCGGCUGAUGACUCAGAGGUGUAAGGACAAGCUGAAUGCCUUGGCCAUCUCGGUGAUGAACCAGUGGCCCGGCGUGAAGCUGCGGGUGACCGAGGGCUGGGACGAAGACGGCCACCACUCGGAGGAGUCCCUGCACUAUGAGGGCCGCGCCGUGGACAUCACCACGUCGGACCGUGACCGCAGCAAGUACGGCAUGCUGGCGCGCCUGGCCGUGGAGGCCGGCUUCGACUGGGUGUACUACGAGUCCAAAGCCCACGUCCACUGUUCCGUGAAAGCAGAGAAUUCGGUGGCGGCCAAGUCCGGCGGCUGCUUCCCGGGCUCGGCCACGGUGCACCUGGAGCAGGGCGGCACCAAGCUGGUGAGGGAGCUGCGCCCCGGGGACCGCGUGCUGGCGGCCGACGACCAGGGCCGGCUGCUCUACAGCGACUUCCUCACCUUCCUGGACCGCGACGACGGCGCCAAGAAGGUCUUCUACGUGAUCGAGACGCGGGAGCCGCGCGAGCGCCUGCUGCUCACCGCCGCGCACCUGCUGUUCGUCGCGCCGCACAACGACUCGGCGGCCGCGGAGCCGGAGGCGCGGGCGGGCGCGGGGCCGCCGCCGGGGGCCGCGCCGGGGCGCCGGGCCCUCUUCGCCAGCCGCGUGCGCCCGGGCCAGCUCGUGUACGUGGUGGCCGAGGGCGGCGGGGGUCGCCGGCUCCUGCCGGCCGCGGUGCACAGCGUGACGCUGCGCGAGGAGGCCACGGGCGCGUACGCGCCGCUCACGGCGCAGGGCACCAUCCUCAUCAACCGGGUGCUGGCGUCCUGCUACGCGGUCAUCGAGGAGCACGGCUGGGCGCAUCGGGCCUUCGCGCCCUUCCGCCUGGCGCACGCGCUCCUGGCCGUGCUGGCGCCCGCGCGCACGGACCGCGGUGGGGACGGCGACGGCGGGGACGGCGACGGCGGGGGCGGCGGCCACCUGCCCCUCCCCGCGCCGGGGGCGGCCGACGCGCCGGGCGCCGCGGGCAUCCACUGGUACUCGCAGCUUCUCUACCAAAUAGGCACCUGGUUGCUGGACAGCGAGGCCCUGCACCCGCUGGGCAUGGCGGUCCCGUCCAGCUGA